ACGGCCAUAUAUUCGUACUCGUGCCGGGCUGACCCAUUUAUUUCGUGCUCGUAAUCGUGUCGUGCUCUAACCGUGCCGUGCUAACCCGUGGGCGGCACGGCCCGGUGCCCACGUACAGUUCUAGAGCUAAGAUAGGCCCUACUCUUGGUUCCGCAAACCCUAUGAAUUGGGCUUGGGCUUUUUUGUACAACGUUUCCUCUUUGCCUCGUUGGUCGUUGCCUUCGCCCAUUCAGAGUUUACAAGCUCCGUCUCCCCCAGCCGCCAUUCACCCUCAAUAAGUCUACCACCGCCUGUAGCACGAGACGUAGAGAAAGAACACGAUGAGGCUGCUGACUCACAACAUGCUCUCCUCCAACAUCAAGGCAGUCGCCAACGGCUUCCCGCUCCGAAUCGAUGCCGAGAAAGUGAUCCACAAGGAAGUCGAUCUCAACCCGGAUUUCCUCCGAAACAUCUUCUCCCGGAUCGAGUGGAGGGCUCUCGCCGACGCCGCGAGGUCCCUGGGCUACGCCGAGCUGCCGGAGGAGGCGGAGGAGUCGAUGCUGGAGUCCGAGGAGUUCCUCGGGAAAUUCCACCACGCGCUUCUGGAGAUCCACCUGGAGGAAGGGGCGUUGGUCUGCCCGGAGACCGGCCGGAAAUUCUCGGUGAGCAAAGGGAUCCCCAAUAUGCUUCUCCACGAGGACGAGGUAUGAACGAAAUCUCCCCACGGCGGCGCCAAUGGAGUAGGGUUUUGUAGGAAGAUUUUGUCUUUCCCUGUGUGGGUUUGUGGGGUUUUGAAUUUGAUUGCUUGACCGGGUUUAGGGUUGGUUUUGCAAUUUCGUGAAGAAUUGAAUUACAUAGUUCCCCUUGUGGAAAUGUGAAAUAACAUUCCCCUGUUUUAGCACAAUACGGUAUUUUAGUUUAUGGCAAUGAGAGUAAACUUGAGCGAAAUACAAGCAAGCCAACGCUGCAGAUUGCUAAGGCCACUGCUCCUAUGUGAGUUGCACUAGAUCACAAUCGUGCAUAAUACAUUUCUCUGUGAUGA